GCCAAGAAAGGCGAACGCGUUACGAGGCUAGUGAUUGCAAGAGAUGCGGAGAAGAGAUGUACGUACGUGCUUAAGAUAAUGCUCGCGUGGCUUGAUCAACUGUCACUUCUUACAAACGACGAUCAUAUCCUCAAUCAUGUUCCGAUCAAGGCCACCAAUUCCUCAACCUGCUCGGCCAUCCGAAGCCACAAAUGAGGUGAACUACCUUUCAGCACAUGUACAGCAACUGCUUGCAAUGGUUUUACCACAGCCAGUGGUACAAAUCUUAGCAGCCAUUUCUGAUGCAUUGUAUCGUGCUGUUUUGGGACAAUCAAAUGAUCCACCAACGUACACUUCAACCUUGGCGCCUCCUGCGAUCUUGAUCGGUGUGACCUAUCUGGCUAUUUUGCUGGUGUACAAAUCGGUUCGGUCAUUCAUUGGCAUGUUGAUCUUUUCGUUGAAAUGGGCGGUAAUUUUGGGCGUGAUUGGAGUUUUGGUCGCAUAUCAUUACGGAAACGGUGACGUUCAACAAGGUGCACAAAGUUUAGCACAUCAAACAGGAUUAUCUUCAUCCUCUUGGCCGAAUAUGCUUCGAAAUUGUGAGUUUUAACAAAUCAGUGAGCUUCCAUCUCAUUGAUUCAAAGCUUAUCAUGAGAGAGAGGUUUAGAACUGAAGGAAUUCCUUCUCCGUUUAUUUUUGCCUGUUAGAUAUACCGUACUGAGCCG